AUGGAAAAUAAUGAUAUAAUUUUGGAAUCAAAUAAUAUUUUAGAAUCUUUUCAAUUUUCAAAUAAUAAGAAUCUUGAAAUUGAAUCAAUAGUAAAUUUGUCGAGUACAACUUUUGGCGGACAAGGUACU